GCCGCCGAUGGCGCAGGCGCGUUCCGGGGGCUCCCGCUGCUUCUCCGAGCGCAGAGUGUCGGGCGGGACGGGCGCGCGCGCGCGCGCGGGCUGUGCACACAGGGCGCGCGCCGGGCAGCUCCUAGGGUCUGGCGGGGCGGCUGAGGCAGCUGGACCAGACGGCUGACGAGGCGGCGCCGAGAUGGCCGAAGGCAGCGCUGUGUCCGACCCUCAGCAUGCCGCGCGUCUGCUGCGAGCGCUCAGCUCUUUCCGCGAGGAGUCCCGCUUUUGCGACGCGCACCUGGUCCUCGACGGGGAGGAGAUCCCCGUGCAGAAGAACAUCCUGGCGGCCGCCAGUCCGUACAUCAGGACAAAGUUAAACUAUAAUCCUCCAAAAGAUGAUGGAUCAACCUAUAAGAUUGAACUUGAAGGGAUAUCGGUAAUGGUUAUGAGAGAGAUCCUGGAUUACAUCUUCAGUGGGCAGAUCCGGCUGAACGAAGAUACAAUCCAAGAUGUUGUACAGGCAGCGGACCUGCUCCUGCUGACGGAUCUCAAAACGCUGUGCUGUGAGUUUCUGGAAGGCUGCAUCGCUGCUGAGAACUGCAUCGGCAUCCGUGACUUCGCCCUCCACUACUGCCUGCACCACGUCCACUACCUGGCCACGGAGUACCUGGAGACUCAUUUCCGCGACGUCAGCAGCACAGAAGAAUUCUUAGAACUCAGCCCGCAGAAGCUUAAAGAAGUGAUUUCUCUCGAGAAGUUAAAUGUCGGCAACGAAAGAUACGUGUUUGAAGCGGUAAUUCGAUGGAUAGCACAUGACACAGAACUGAGAAAGGUUCACAUGAAGGACGUGAUGUCAGCGCUGUGGGUUUCAGGGUUAGACUCCAGCUACUUACGGGAACAGAUGCUCAAUGAACCGUUAGUACGAGAAAUCGUCAGAGAGUGCAACAACAUACCACUGAGCCAGCCGCAGCAGGGGGAGGCCAUGCUCGCAAACUUCAAGCCCCGGGGCUACUCGGAGUGCAUUGUGACUGUUGGCGGAGAAGAGAGAGUUUCACGGAAACCAACAGCAGCGAUGCGAUGUAUGUGCCCUCUUUAUGACCCUAAUAGGCAGCUUUGGAUUGAACUGGCCCCUUUAAGCAUGCCAAGAAUUAACCACGGAGUUCUCUCAGCAGAGGGAUUCUUGUUCGUAUUUGGGGGCCAAGAUGAAAAUAAGCAGACCCUGAGUUCAGGAGAAAAAUACGACCCAGAUGCAAACACGUGGACGGCAUUGCCACCGAUGAAUGAGCCACGACAUAAUUUUGGUAUUGUGGAGAUAGACGGAAUGCUGUACAUUUUAGGAGGAGAGGAUGGUGAGAAAGAGCUAAUUUCCAUGGAGUGUUACGACAUUUAUUCUAAAACCUGGACGAAGCAACCUGACCUGACCAUGGUUAGAAAGAUUGGCUGCUAUGCAGCUAUGAAAAAGAAAAUCUAUGCCAUGGGUGGAGGGUCGUAUGGAAAACUCUUUGAAUCUGUGGAAUGUUAUGACCCAAGGACCCAGCAGUGGACUGCGAUCUGUCCGCUGAAGGAGAGAAGAUUUGGAGCCGUGGCCUGCGGCGUGGCCAUGGAGCUGUAUGUGUUUGGGGGUGUCCGAAGUCGGGAGGACGUCCAGGGCUCUAAUGAGAUGGUCACUUGCAAGUCUGAAUUCUACCAUGACGAGUUUAAACGAUGGAUCUAUCUUAACGACCAGAACUUGUGCAUCCCUGCCAGCUCCUCUUUUGUGUACGGAGCUGUGCCCAUAGGAGCCAGUAUUUACGUUAUCGGAGACCUCGAUACAGGUACCAAUUACGACUACGUGCGUGAGUUUAAAAGAAGCACGGGGACCUGGCACCACACGAAGCCACUCCUUCCGUCCGACCUUCGCCGCACCGGGUGCGCAGCCUUACGCAUUGCAAAUUGCAAGCUUUUCCGCCUGCAGCUCCAGCAAGGCUUGUUCCGUAUCCGUGUCCAUUCACCUUGAAGAGGGGCCGGAGCAGAGGCAAAGCUCCCGACCAAACGCACCGUGACACAGCUUUCUGCGAGGGGAACAGAGGUGGCAGCCGAAACUUGCUCUGUGUGCCAGGCCUUGUAUGGUAACUCUGGUGGUUUUACUGUAAUGCUUAGAAGCCUGAGGUUCCGCUCUCGUUGGGGAGAACCCGUAACUGUGGAAAAAGCUCCCUUGGAGGAAUGCCGUCCUCCACUUAGAUGUGUCUGCAGACAAACGGAGGCUAGUCACUGUCAAAGGGAGAAGGGAAGUGGGAAUCGGUAUCAUGUAAAAUAUUGAAGUUAAAAUCCUAAGGUGCAUUUUCCCUGAAGGGAACUCAUAUCUGCGUGACUGCUGUGUUCGAGUAUCUGGCUUUGGUAAACAAACAAAAAUCCGUAUAUGCAAAUCAACAUAUCCAAACUACCAAGAUUGCUUUCCUACUGCACUUGGAAGGAAAUAUCAUGCCUAACCCUGCCUGACCGAUUAAGGUUUGUGCCUAAAAUGUUAGAUUGGACUGUAUGCCGGUUAGUGUCCAUUUACUACUAGUACUGUGUCCGAAGACUCUUUUUUAAACUCUAUUAUCAUGAAUUGAAACUAAGAUAAAAUUUCUGGUUUACGACAUUCUAUCUUAGUCAUCUAAAGGUUCAGUAAAUCCAUGAGUCAGGUUGCAGCCCUCGUGUGAAUUUAAGGGAAGUUGCUAACUUCUGUAUUAAUUCAGAUACAUCAUGCCAUAAUUUCUGGGGUAGUUCUCCUGGAGUUGUGAAGGAUCCAUGCAGUGCUGUUCCUCCUUGCAAAUAAUCAGAACCAUUUUAUAAACACGAGGUUAUUAAGCAGAGUAGGAGAUUUUCUAGAAGAAAGACGUAAGUCAGACAAAUCAUAAAGGUCUGCUAUGACUACAAAAACUGUCCAGACAAAAUAUAUAGGGAUCAAAAACUUCAAUCUGUCUGAAAGCACACAAAGUCUUGUUUACUGCUGUUUAGGAUUGAAAACUUGUCUUAGAACACACACCUGCGUAAGAAUCUAGUCUUUGUAGCAGAAUUUUCUCAGUGCCGUUUACUAGCAAGAGUUUUAGACAAAUUAUGUUAUAAGUAAAGUUUGGCUGGUAGAAUAAACUACCUCAACUUAAUUUCAUUCUGUUCAUAGUAGAGCGAAUUAUCUCUUCCUCCACCCUCUGCCCCCCCCCAACUCCCAUGUCACCCCACUUCCCGUUGGGGGAAAAAGGUCUGUCGUUAGUAGCACUUAUUUUAUAAGAUACUUUGUUUUCCAUUCAAAUUAUGCCACCUUAGUGUGCAAUCAGAGACUUCAAAGUGUGAUGACAUCAUAAUUUGAAUUUUAUUGCAAUAUCAGAUUUCUAAUCAAUUUAAUACAGAGCUCUUCAUUUCUAAUUGUUUCCUACAGCUUUUUCCCCCCUCUUGGUAAAUGGCUGUAAGAAGCAGUAUUUUGUCUUAAUAAUUAAUAAAUGUAUAAAUGUAUCCUUUGCUUACAAAUUUGAGAAUAGGAGUUUCUUCUGGAAACUUCCUAGAUGGAAUGCUUGUAUGCUGUUAACAACAUGCGUAUGAAACGUGGCUUAUGUUCCCCUCCCCCCAGCACCAUGAACAGAAAAAAGGGUUACCCCCUCUCUGCAGAUUUUUUUUUUCUUACACCUACUAGGAGUCAGUACAAUGCUAUAAAAGUUGCCGGGAGAAGCCUUGCCUGUGGGGGUUCUAAAGAGUGUUGUGUGUGGCAGGAGAUCCUAGUAGAAGAAGGCAUGCGGUGUUUAUCUUCUGUAUCAGAGGCACUAGGCCAGAUUUGCCACACGUUCCUGUAACGCAGUCAAAUCCAGUGUAUAAAGCAAAGCUGACCUUUUUUUCUUUCUAUUGUGUACCAGUCAGCUGUAGUCUGCACACCUUCCCAGUGAUGCCUGGGGUAUCUUUUCAUCAAAACAAGCCACACGACCACAGCAGAGAAAGCAAACUUCUUUUUCCAAUUAGAGAUUCAUUUUUUAGGGGAAACAAAUCGCUGAAAAAGUGAAUUUUCUUUGGUAGCAUAUCCUGUACAGAACAGAACCUUGGCCUUCAGAAGUUGCAGCUGGGAUACGUUAAAGCAGUGACUGAUGUCCUAUGGAAGCCGUGACAGUCAGCAACUCUCUCUCUUUAAUUUCUGAAGCUUAAAAAUCUUCCCAGUCUACGCCAGGCCUCUCCAAGGAGACAGUUCAUUGUUUAGGAGUGAAUGAGUCCCUGUUGCAAUAUUUUCAGUGCCUGCAUGACUUGGUCAAUUCAUUUUAUAAAAACAGUUCUUUUUUAAGUUUUUUAUGCAGUUCAUUGACACAGUAGCUGCAGAAAUUAGGCAAUGUUUUUUAAAAUAAAUUUGCCACAUAUUAUGGGAUGCUAUCACCAACAGUAGCUGCUAAGUGCCAAACUGUUAUUUUCCUAUAUAUAAUAUAUAUAUUAAAAUACCACGUUGAAGUGUAGGAAUAUAUUUAAUUUUAUUAUGUUCGAAAAUUAAUUAUGACCUUUUUUGGUAAGUGACCGUGACUUCGGUAUUGUGAAAUAAAUUUUAACUCAUUUCAUGCAGGUUUAACAUUCCGCUUAUGCCUUGAAACAUCUUUUCUUGAUAAAUUUUUUAAUACUUCUUUUUCACAAGGCACUUUUACCAGGCAUAGGUUGGAAUUGGCAGUUGAGGAUAGAUCUUAAAAUUUUAAAUAAAAUACCUUUGGGGGAAGUGCAAUGUAUUUUCAUUAUCCCUCCAACAGAAGGAGAGUUGUCUCAGGUUAGAGUCAGUGAAUAUUUAAAUGAUCUCUCCUAGGCUGCGGUCUAAAGUAGGCUUGUUUGUUUGUUUGUUUGUUUGUUUGUUUAAUGCAUCCAAAUAUAGAUUUUUCGAAGAGAUAAGUGUUUAAUUUAAAAUGAAGUGGUUUGUUUGGGAUUUUUUUUGUGAGUGUGUGAGAGUGCUUGUAUCCUGCGAGAGGGAAAAGCGUGAGAGGGAGAGAAUGUGUGUGUGUGUUAUGUGACUUGGUAAGUGUGUUUCUAUAUGUUUACUUUUUCAAUUGUAGUUCAAGACUACAUAUAUUACUGUCUUCUGGUGCUUCAGAUAAAUUCUUGAGCCCAUGGCCCUUCAGUUUAUACUACUGAGUUAAACUCACGUUGGGUGUAAAUAUUCAUAGAGUUGUAGUUGGUAGGAAGUCUUACUUGGCGUUUCCAUUUCUUUAGUGGGAUUAAGAACAGUGUUCACCAACCAGUAUAGUUGGUAGGCUAUAAAGAUUUGGCCUAAGAAAUUUUUAAAUUCAUUGUUUAUUUCAUCAGUUCUUUAUUUCAUUGCUGUGAGGCGUUGAUAGCUAACAGUAGGCUUUGCUCAGAUGCAACAACAAAAAAAGAGUAUUUGGGCAAUGAUGAAUGGUCUGUUCUUUGUACUGAAUGGUCUGGUUACGUCACCACUUCAACAACGCUUUGACGGUGCCAUUUUUGUAAUUUAUAAGUGGAGGGUGGGGUUCCCUAGGCAACAUACAGGAAGCACAUCCUUACACUGACCUGGUAGAGAUAGGGCUGUCUUUGCCAUGGUGCCUCAUUACUUGUGGUAGUAAUUGGGUUUUUUGGAGACAUUCUUUAGCUGCCUUGGUCUGUUGGGGUUCCAUUUGGUGCAUUCCUGCUUCAGUGUACCCAACCAAAAAGUUUUCCAAGGAGCGCUGAGAACGCUGCAGUAUUGCCUUCUUGCUGGCCUGCUUGAUUCCAGAGAGUCUCCUGUGGUCAGAUAAAGACAUCUGAUUAUCUGGGGAAAGAAUGAGGUGGCACUUGGCAUGGAUUUAAAAGGCGCUGGAACCCCCUUAAGAAGCACCUGGUGGGGGGGAGGGGUAAGACUGCCUUGUUCUGUGGCUGCCCCUCACGAAGUCAGGGAGCCUUCGGGAGCCAGGGAGAGAGGAGACUCCAACUAUUACAGAAAAGUUGUCCUGGGUUUAAUCAGCAAAUGCUUCUAGUGCCCUGGCCAAAAAUUCUGUUGGGAUUUCUGGGGAGCUUUCAUGCUGCCCUCCCUCUAGAUGGUCAACUCCUUGUGGGCAGCGACCCUGUCUUGGCCAUCUGCUAAUCCCAGUGCUUGGCACACAGCAGGCAGCCAGUAAAUGGUUGGCCACCGCAGUGCAGUACUCUUGUUGUCAAAACGAUGUUUAUCACUGGAUUGAGAAGUCCUCUCCAUGAGCGACUCAUUUUGCUGGAACUUUGUGCACAGAUGGGCUGGCCUCAUGUUGUAGGGUGAGAACCUAGUACAGAAAAAAAAAAAAAAAAAAAAAAGUAAAGUGCCUGACAUACGGAUGCAGACCUCUUUGGUGUCCAUAUGGUUCUGUAGGAUUUGGGGACCCUAUCCUUAGCACACCUAAUGCCGUUUAUCACACUUAGUGUUGGGUUUUAGUUAUUGUUUUGUAUAUGUGGUUCCAAGCCUUUUCCAGAACAUACUGCUUGGAUCCUCACAUCUCCGUGAUGGGUGCAGCGCCCCCCGCCCUCGGACAGGGAGCAGUCUCUCAGGCCCAGUAGAUGCGGCCUCGUUCCCCACCUCACAUGUGAGCAGAACCCAUUAUCAUUUCACUGUUCAGCCUUUGAGACUCCUACUUAGUUUUCUAGGUGUACAAGUAUUUUUAGUCGUAAAAUAAUCUUUUGUGGUAUAACUUAAACCCCCAAACAUGUCCUUCACAAGUUACACAGAUGUAAGCUGAAAGGUGUUUGGUUUUCUUUGUCCAUUAGCCAGAGGAAAUUUAAGAAUUUAUGAAGGUCGUAAGAACAGGAGUACUAAGUAUUCGUGUUUGACAGAGAAGCACUUUUUCCUUUUAAAGAUCUGAAGCGUCAUUUAUACUACUUUUCUUACCACAUCUGAAAUCAGUGAGGGAGAAGGGAUUGUGUCUUAGAGUGUUGGAGAAGGUAUUUUGCUAGCUUGCUAAUAACGCCUGAAGUACUCUUUCUAGCCGGUUCAGGAAUGAAAGAGAUGUGUGGUAUGAUGGUGAGGGGUGACCCACUUGCCCAUAUGGAAGAAGAUCAUGAAAUCAGGUUGAGGCUUUGCUGCCUGCUGGUGGUCAAGUCAAUACUAUGGAAAUAGAGACUUCUGCGAUUUUUUUGGCAAGCCAACUGGUAAAACUUUUAAAACUUGUGUAUUUUUCGGAAGCGAUUCUAUUUUGAAUCCUAACUCUAUCUCAGCUUUGUCCCAGGGCCGUCCCUGUGUUUACGUGACACCUAAGGAGCUCGGUUACGACUCUGUGUUCCUUGGUGUAAGUGCGCGUGAUUGAGCAAAGUGUGUUCGCGUUCCCUUCUGUCCCUGAAGUUCUCUAACUGAUCUGAUUGGGUCUUUAAACUUCCCCCCUUCCUCAUCACAUCACAUAUCUGCAAAUAAAACAGCCUUGCAUCAUGGCCUACGGCAGAACACCUGUCACCUUCGCUUUUUCUUUUUUGAGAUAAAAACUAAUACUUUAAAAUUGCUGCUCAGCUGAAAUUUAGGCUAAUUAUAGAGUUCGAUAUUGAUGUCGUCAUGGCCCAGCGAAGCUGCUGUAAAUGCUUCCGUCAGUGUGAUCUGUGUUAGAGAAGAGUGGGGAGGCAGAGUGGGGAGGCAGCCCGCGCAGUCGGUGCGCACGCUGCCUUCGUUCGGAUCCGGCCAUUCACGUGACCCGUACUGACACACAGCCACUCCAGAUCAUUCGGACCCCAAGCAGUUGCAGGCUUAUCUUUCUUUCUGGUUGGCAAAUUAUAUUUAUUAGAUCUUUAUUUUUAGCAUUUCCACAAAAAUCAUAGAUUUGAAAAUACCUUGUUUUUAUUUUUCCUCCUCAUCAAUUACAAAUAAGGUGAACGUUAGAACCUUGCUUUACGUUUUUUCCAGUUAAAUCUGUGAACACAUAAAUAUGACUAUACGUAGCUCUCUUUAUCGUGUUUCCUGUUUAGGGGGAUGAGAAUUACAUGCACUUAUUCCCUUGUUCUUUGUGUUUAUAGGAAAAACUCCUCUCGGCUACCUCAUUAUGUAGUGUUGUGCUUGACCCCCUGCCAACUUAGGAGAAUUCAACACAUUCUGUCCUUUAACAAAAGCCUGGAAGCAAGCAGCGGGCGGCCUUGAGGAAUACAAUUCUUUAAGGCAUAUUUUCCAUUUUACUACUUUUUUUUUUUUAAAUAGGCACUUUUAAUCAGGAGGAACAAUCAUUCUCCUAGAGCUGCUGCAAAGUGAUUACUUGAAACUCAACUUGAACUUUAAAGAGUCUUUAAAAGACUGUGUUUUCAUAACGUAGAGAAGUAGUAUAUUGAAACAGCACUGCUGUGUAAGACAGAGGGCCUGCGCCCCAUCCCGUUAGGACCAGACGGGAGAAGGUGUCUAUGGAAUCAGACCCAGCAUUUGGAGUUGGAUGCUUGGGGCUGUUGUGCUCCAUUGUCUACAAGGUGCUACUGCGAGCAGCUUAAGGAGCUCUUAAGUGUAAUUCCAUGAAUUUGUUUCCCAAGAAUCUUUAAUUUUGAUGAAAAUUGAGGUUCAUUAGUAGAUUCCUCUUCUCUUUUGGUUCUCACAGUCUAGGGUUUUUUUUUUUUAAGAUUUUAUUUAUUUAUUUGACAGAGAUCACAAGUAGGCAGAGAGGCUGGCAGAGGGGUGGGGGGGAGGGGAAGCAGGCUCCCCGCUGAGCAGAGAGCCCGCCUCGGGGCUCCAUCCCAGGACCCUGGGAUCAUGACCUGAGCCGAAGGCAGAGGCUUUAACCCACCGAGCCACGCAGGCGCCCAGUCCAGGGUUUUAAAAUGAGAUCUAAAAGUGUUUCCGAAGUACAGGGUUGAGUUUGGCCAAACAACACAGAAUUAAUUGUGUUCUACUUAAAAUGAUGAGUGAGUGGAUUUGCUUUGAGCAUCAGUGGAACGUGCCUUCUGCACGCGGCCCUGUCCUCGCCUGGGUCUGUCAGCUUCUCUGGUCCGUAAGCCCAGGGGAGCCGUGAGGUCCACCGAUUCCUGCAUUCAGACCUUCCCUUCCCAGAGUGGUUGCUCACGGGAAUUACGCAGCAUCCCCAGUGCCCAAAAGAGUUACACCCAUUCCUAAAAACCGAGCGUACCGGGAAUCACUUACGGACCAGGUGAGACCUAACAACGGAACUGUGGUUGUGCUCUAAUGUGAUCUAGUUUUCCAGCCUGUACUUUUUUAGAAUGAAAGGCAGAGCUUCCCCCCACAUGACAGCACAUCCGCAUCUCCUGGGGCUAGCAGCCGGCGUGAGACAUUCCCCAGGUGGUUUCCGAGCAAAUCAAGACUUAGGGCCUUCGAGCCCCAACCUUUUUAUUUCAGUUAUUUUGAGGAAAACAUGUAUAAAUACUUGGUGUACUUUCCCAAGCAAACCUAGUAGCUACAAGGAUGCCCAGGCCAUGGUGCUGGGUGUGGGUGGGUUCAAAGACUAGGAUGCAGACUGUGACCUUCAGGAGUCCUGCAGCCCUAGAGCCCAGUUGCUUACCUGCAAAUGUAGGGUAAACGGGGGUGUUUAUCUCUUUGGGCUACUUUGAAGAUCAGGGACAUAAUGAAGGUGAGAACCUGACAGCCCAUGUUUCACCCGUAGGGAUGGCCACUGUGGCCGCUCACCUCCGCCUCGGGUAGCUGAUGGCGAGCCCCAGGGAGGGGCAGCACUGCCCUCACUGUGUAUCCCAGCCUUCGCACUUCCCCAUUCGAACCUCUGCUGCUGCGAGGUCUAUAAGUAAAUGAACAUUUGUGUUGAUAAAAUGAUUUACUUUCUGGACCUGUGCCACUGCUCUCCUUCCACUGCUCUAAUAUUUGAAUUCAGGAUGAUUCUGUAGAGCUGAACCAUCCUAUAAUAUGUGCUUGGAACAUUGAGAGUUGUUUUAGAUAAACCUCAAUUCAGAAUUUGUGUGAUGAAACCCUUAAAACUCUUUACCAAAGUUGAAUCUUUUUCCCCUAAGAUGUCACAGGUAGUGUCCUACACUGGUCGAAUAAACUGUAGAUAUUUUAGAUCUCUGUUCCAGAUCCGUAUACCUGUUCUCUCUCAACUUGGAUGCUAUGUGAAACUUAAACAAACAAAAUUUGUGUUACAUGUGUGUGUGUAUGCGUAGCACUUUUGCACCUUCAAAUAAAGUAGGGCUAUUUAAGGAAAUGAUUCAGAAAGUGCACUCCUUAAACCCUUCCAUACGGUCACUUUCUCUCUGGUUCCCACCCAGGGACUGGCAGAUGUGGCAGCAUGAAAGGCAUUCUAUAAAGCCGUUCUGGCUCUCUCUGUGAAUAAGAAAAGGAAGGAGGAACAGGGCUGACAAGGCUGAGAAGUCAUGACCGACAGCGCUGCUGCAAACGGCCACGGGUGCCAUGGCCGUUUGUAACACUUUUCUCAGCGACGUGUUUUAAGAUCUAGAAGGCUGAGAAAAGUGCUCGGAGGGAUUAAGUGUUCUUUGGGUGUGAGGCUCUCCCCAGCGCUGUGACAAUCUGAUAGAUGGCUAAAGUCUCAUAUCCAGGUUUAGAAAAGAUAGUUCCUAAAUGAAAAAGAAAAAAAGGGCGGGGCGGGGAAUCACUGAUAAUUUGAACAUAAGCCAAGUAUUUAAAAACAAGAAUGGGGCGCCUGGCUGGCUCAGUCGUUAGAGCAUUAUGGCUCUUGAUCUCAGGGUCAUGAGUUCAAGCCCCAGUUUGGGCAUAGAGCAUAGUUUUAAAAAUAAAUUAAAAAGAAAAAAAAAAAAGAAUAGUGUUUGUGUGUGGGACUGGUAGCCAGAAAAGGAAGUGUCUUGUACUACUUGGUCCACCGGCUGCACUGAUGGACGCCGGGACCAUAGCAUUUAGCUACCAGUUCCAGGUGCCACCAUUGGAGAGGCCUGAGACACAGGCCUAUGGGGACUUGUUUAGAACAUGCAGGUGUGCGUGGCUCAGGCCAACAGCGGACAUUGAGACAGAGUGGCCUCAUGGUAAGGUAGGAACCCUCCGUGGCACUGAGCGCUUGUCUCUGAACAUGCCACCUAGGAGAGCCCUUGCAGCUGUGACCAGCAGCAUGACUGCGUCUGUGCACGAGUCCUUGCUUUGUGGCUAGGUAUUGGUCACCGUCUCCAAAGCUCCUUGCAGACAAACAGCUUAGUUUAAAAAAAUUGGGGUGGGUGAGUUUGUACUUCUGCACUGAUUUUGGGGAGAAGAGCCUUUGUUCCUUUCAACCUGUGCUCCCUCCUCCUUUCCUCCCUGACCACCUCCUGUCCACAGCCUCCUGACUGUGGCCUCUGGCCAACAGCCACAUCCUUUUUCAGCAGAACUUUCAGAAAUAGGCGCAAUUCUAGAGAUUUCCCUAAAACUGUAUUGUCAACUGGAACAGCAGCUCUUGCUUUUUAUCUACUUUUUGCUUGAAAUCUGUCGGUAUCUUUGCAGAUGUAAGAAAGCUGAUAAGUAAAAAUUGCAUUCUUUUAAGUAGGACUUAGGUGGCGGAGGCCAGGAAUGCUCUCGAGGGGGCUUAUAUGCUGGGCCCGCUGGCUGGCCGACCUCUCCAUGCCCUUUCCAGCUCAAUAGAGUCUUAUCAUCCUUUGAGAAGAGUUUCCAAGGGAUCUGAUUCCUCUUGUGAUUUUGCUUUCCCUCUUCUAUGAAGCUACAAGGCAGUCUUAAUCCUGGAGGGGAGGGAGGCUGCCCCUCACUCCAUGUGUCUCUUCCGGCCCUCCCCGGCCUUGGCAAAGAUCUGCCCCAAAACAGAGGAACCAAGCAUCAGCCAAGGUAUGCACCCAGGUCCUCAGGGGGUGGAGGGGGGCCGUCUGUGCUCCCCCAGCUCUUGGGUGCAUUUUCUGAUUUCUCGAGUUGUCUUGGCUUACUAAUAAUAAGCCCUGUUUGAACCAGUGUCGGCUUUCCUCCCCGCGCCCCACUGUACUUGCCCAGAGACCCUGCUGGGGGCUCUCCAGGAAGCAGGCUCGUCCUCAGUUGGCACGUCUCUCUGCACCAGUUAGGGACUUCAGUCGGGGUGGGGGAGGUCAUUCCGGUCUUGUUUUCAAGGGUCCUCUUAUGUACGCCCUCUGCUUGGCCUUCCCGCGCUGCCCUCUGCUCUUCAUCCCACACCUGUCCCAACUGGGGGUUUUAACUGCAUAUAAAGUAUGUAUCCCAGAAAGGGGGAAAAAGGGGAAAACAAAACAAACAAAAAUAAUAAUAAAAUUUAAAAAAAUAAAACAAAAAAACUCUUCUUGUUUCCCAGCCCGUUAGCCUGAAAAUAUUUACUGAAAAGGCAUCUUCUGGGAGCUCCUGACCCAGCCUUUGUGACUAGCACUUUCCACAGCCAGCUGGCCCUGGCUGCAGGAGAGCCAGACCUGUCCCCCAGGCUCCAGGGAGCUUCCCAGAGUCCAGACCGCCCUGCACCUCCCUGGGUAGAGCUCAGGGCGGGAGCCUCCCCUCUGAGGCAUGGCCAGCUCUAGACAAGCAGAGCCUCCCGGGGGCCCAGCUCGGCCGCCUCCCACAUAGGCUCCUCUCUGAGCCAAGAGAAGGGGCUCCAGAUGCCACACGUACUACCUCAGCACCCAGGCUCAAGGCACUGUGUGGCCCCCACAUCGCCUAGCGAGGCCUGCUGGGGGGUCCCAGGGGGCUGGCCUGGGCCCCUGCCGCCUGCACACCCGCCAUGGGGCUCAUCCGGGGGCUUGGGACCUGCGCCGUCCUCUCGAGCAUUCGGGAGAGCAUAGCAAGACCGUGGUCUCCUUUUUCUCUUCCGUAGCUCUGACUUCAAAACAUGCCGCUCAAAUUGUGAGUAGAAUCGGAAAUUAGAAUUGCUCAUUUACAAUCAGAGAGACCAUCUUUUCAUAUUUUUUUCCAAAGA